AUGAAGCUCUCUUCUACUCUCCUCCAAGGCAUCACUAUCUUCGCCGCCUUCGCAUCGGCGAUCCCUCUGUCUGUCCGCUCACCAGACGACGGUUCGAUCCGAAUCCCCGUUAAGGGCGUUCCGGAGCCUGAGAAACGCGAUGACGGCGCCAUCCGCAUUCCCGUAAAGGGUGUCCCUGAGCCGGAGAAACGGGAUGAUGGCGCUAUCAGGAUCCCCGUGAAGGGGGUUCCCGCGCCACCCGCGGAGGAAUAG